AUGAAUGAUGAAGUGGGUGGAGCCGACUGCGCUGCUGUGAAAGAUAAAAAUGCUUAUAAUGCAACAGAAUGCGAUACAGAUAAUGAAAAGGAGCUCCACAAUGCUGCACCAUGGGAUGAACGUGCUAUAUCAAAUAACUCAGAUGUUGACAUUGCAAAAAAGUUGGCGCUUGACGCUGCUGAUGUCCUACUUACCCCAGAGGAGGAUAAAAAGCUCGUAAGAAAAAUUGACCUUAACAUGUUUCCUUUGAUGUGCUUACUAUAUGCAGUACAGUAUAUGGAUAAAGCAAGCAGCAGUAACGCAGCUAUCAUGGGUCUCAGAACCGACUUGAAGAUGAAGGGGAACCAAUAUUCGUGGGUAGGAUCAUCCUUUUAUUUUGGGUAUUUGCUUGGACUUUUUACCUUACCUCCACUGCUUCAGAAGUCGAAUCAUUUCAUGAAAUUACUUUGCCUCAUUAUUAUAUCAUGGGGCCUCGUUUUAGCGUUACAUGCUGCCCCGACAGUAAAUUACGCUUCUUUCAUAUUUUUGAGGUGUUUGCUAGGGUUCCUCGAGAGCGCAAUAACUCCAGCGUUUACCAUUAUUACUUCUCAAUACUGGAAAACGGAAGAACAUUUUCUUCGCGUCUGUUUGUGGUUCGGUUUCAAUGGCUUGGGCGGCAUAUGGGGUUCUGCAAUGGCAUAUGGCUUGUACGAUCACAAAGACUCUUAUUCAAUACCCGCCUGGAGACUGGUAUUUUUAGUGACAGGCUGCAUUACAAUUUUUGUCGGAUUUUUAAUGAUAGUGCACCUGCCAGAUUCUCCAGAAAAGGCAUGGUUCCUCAGUAACCACGAGAAAAUAUUAUUAGUCAAAAGAAUUCAAGGAAAUCAGCAAGGAUUCGGAAACCACAGGAUAAAGAAAUAUCAGAUAGCUGAAGCGUUUAAAGACGUGAGAACAUGGCUAUACUUUUUAUAUUCCGUUGCGUCUCAAAUUCCAAAUGGUGGAUUGGGUAACUUCCAAACAAUCUUGUUUCAUGGAGAAUUCAAAUUCUCGACCAAAAAGACACUUUUGAUUUCAUUAGGGACAAACGCUGUCGAAUGGGUUGGGUGUCCACUGUUUGGUUGGCUGAGUUAUAGGUGCUACAAGAGAAAUACAAAUUUUUUGAACAGCAGAUUGUGUUGGGCGUUUAUUUCCAUUACCUUGGUCUUUACUGGGGUGUGCAUGCUCGCGUUCGCUGACAAAAGCAAAAAUAGCAAAAUGGCUGGCCUUUUUCUUUACCAACUUGCUCCUGUCGCAUUCAUUUGUAUCUUAUCAAGCAUAUCUUCAAACACUCUAGGAUUCACCAAAAAAUGGACAGUGUCUUCAAUUAAUUUGGUUGCCUACGCUGCUGCUAAUAUAGCAGGCCCACACACAUUUAUCGAUUCUCAAGCGCCUGAUUACAAUGGCGCAAAAAUUGCAAUUGUUGUGUGCUAUGCAGCUGCACUUGUCAUAAUUGCAACUCUUUACCUUGUGAACUUGAGAGAAAACAGGAAAAGGGACACAUAUCAGGACAUUGGCAAGAAAAGUGGUGACAAACUAGAUGCCGGUUUUAAUGAUCUUACCGACUUCGAAAAUCUUGAGUUUAGAUAUGCUUUGUAG